AAUGCGAGGGGGAGAGAGAGAUAACCUCACGAAGAAUCAAGUAGCAAAAAAAAAAUAUAGGAUGCGGUGAGCGUGGAUCGAACACGCGACCUUCAGAUCUUCAGUCUGACGCUCUCCCAACUGAGCUAUCCCCGCAAUCUGAUUCUUUUCAACACGAAAUUAAAGUAAGCAUCAGAAUAGCCAUAGAACACAUCAACAGUCAAUAAGGAAGAUAACACAAGUCUAUGGAAUCAAGGCAAAGUGCAGAAGAAGAACAUGACCAAAUGAUGCAUCCAGGACAAGCAAUGUGCACGCCUGUCAGAAAUUUGGAUCGAGUUUUCUUUCCCUUUAUUGGAUCCUAAUGUGCAAGCAUUCAGAUUUUGCAUCUUGAAAGGCAGUAAAGAACCUCCUCCAGUACAUCAGCACCGCCCAUCUUACACCAACCAGUGGAGUGGGUUUAGCUUUUCAGUUCAUCUGCAUGCAAUGAAAAAAGGACACUGCGAAGGACUUGAAUCAGAUACAUAUAUAUGCUUCUUUUCUAUAAUGUCUAUCAGACAUUGUUUCAGCCUCAGAAAGAUGAUGUUAGGGUGAGGGUGAACCAACAACAAGUUUCCUAUUUGUCUCCGGCAGAUCUCUCAUCUGUCAAACUAAUUGCUGCAUGCAGUGCUCUGUUUAAAAGCCAAAUCACAUAACAGUCCUCUUAGUUUACACAUCCAAUGGUAAUGACUAAUCUGGUGAUCUUGUUUGACAACAGCUUCUAAGGCGAUCGAUCCAUGGAUCAUUAUUACGAUUACUAUUCAGAGAAAGGCUUUUGUUGGGUAUGCCGUCUAAAUUCUAUUUGUACAAAGUUCCGCAAGCAAGAUAAGCUAAAAGCAAAGCAGAAAAGGAAAAGAGCAGAGCUCUCGAGAACUCCUCACCUCUGCCAGCAGUCCAGAUCGAUUCUGGAACAUAUGCCAUCAUCGCCAUGCUACCUCCGCCGGAGUUCCGAGCCCCGCCGCCGUCUCCGGUAGCCGGUGUGCAUCCUCAUGGCCUGGACUCCCCAGACGGCGACGACGAGUUCGCCGGGUUCUUGAGCCACUCCCUCCGAGUACCCAAACUCAACCUGCCGCAUCGCAUCUUCCCCCAGGAAGCAACGGCGUGGAACCCCCCGGCGAUCGACUUCCGGCCGUUGAUCUCGCCGGGGGACGCCGAAUCAGGCGCCGCCGAUCUUGUCAAGUCCGCGGCAGCAGCCUUCGGGUGCUUUCAACUCGUGAACCAUGGGAUCUCAGCGGGCCUCGUCGCGGCGGUCGGAGCCGCGGCGUGCCCCGCGUUCGGAAUCCCGCUCGAAUCGAGGACAAAGGCAGCGAGAUCCCCGGAGAGGCGGUGGGGAUUCGAAGUGGAAGAGGAAGGGGAAGGCGAGGAGUUCUUGUGGUGGUGUAGGAGCGGGAUGGGAGACCGAAGAGAGUUGGCGGCGAUUUGGCCACGGAGUUAUAAGGAUUUCAGCGAUAAAGUGGAGGGCUUGUGGUGCGAUAUCCAGAAGAUUGCAAGCAGAGUCGAAGAGGUUUUGUUGGGUAAGAAGGCGGGAAGAGAGGAGGAAGCAGCAGAUGGCUCUUUGCUUUGCCUCCACAAGCAUGCACCGAAUGGAAGCCAUAAUGGUGGGAUAAAGCAUGAACUGCUAAGGAUGCUGGUGAGGAGUUGGAGCUGCUCUUGUGAUUUGAGCCUGCAUCUCCCAGGUGGCGCUUCGGAGUUCCAUAUCUACUCCAAGCGAGGUUGGUACCGGUUUUGUCCGGAGAAUGCAGCCGUCGUCGUCACCGUUGGCGAUCAAAUCCAGGCAUGCAGCGGUGGGUUCUACAAGCACGUCAUCGGGAAGCCAGUUCUGAAGAAAGGAGACCCCCAGGAUUCCAUCUCCAUGGCAUUCCACCACACCACGCAUCAAGCCAUCGUCCACGGCAUCUCCCGACCGAAUCUACACUCGGAAAAGGAAAAGACCAUCUCUCUCGCUGAGCAAAUCAUGGUGGCAGCGUGCCUGGCAAUUGCCUACCACAUAAUAGCCUUCUUCUUCUGUCGUAGUUGAAUGAUGCGGCGUUAUGUUAUGGGAGAUGUUUGGUGUUCCUAUCUCUAGUGUGUACGCAAUUACAGAAUGGUGAGUGCAUUUGAUCUUUUCUUUUACUGUAAUAAAGGUUACUACUACAAAUACAGUUUUCAUUGAGAACAAAGCUUAACUAUUGCACGACUCUGGAACUUGCUAAGGAUUAACAGUGAAUAUCCUUGGAUACGAUCCACGUU